AGUCAAAGUGCAAACAACGAGCAUGACGCCGUGCCCAUAUAGCUCGCUGGCGAUUGCUGACGACGCGGCAAUCCUCGCAGCCGACGACAACUGCCCACUGACGUCACCUGUCUGCUUGCUCAACAAGCAGUGCUUCCUCCGCACCUACAACUACAGAGCGCUGGUCGAAAUGCUGUCGGCCGACUACACCGAGUUGUCGGCACAGACUGUGGCCAACUACUCGUUCGCCGCCGUCGGCAACGUCACCAACUACGCCAACGCGACGCUCGGCUUUGACUGUGGCGGUGGAUACGUCGACCUCACCAAGCUCGUCCUUCCGAAAAUGCUUAAUAGCACGCGGGCGAGCCGUCCCUCGAUCGCCAUGAACCGGUGCAAGCUGCGGUCCCUCUCGCCGACGAUUGUGUGGCCGUCGAACCUCGAGUCUCUGUCGCUUACUGACGGCCAGCUGAGUGUGCUGCCCCCGAACCUCCCCCCGACCCUUCGCAUGAUACGACUCGGUGGCAACUACAUUCAAGACAUCACGAGAUUGCGAACUCUGCCAUUGACCUAUCUCGAUUUGCGCGGCAACGCGCUCACAUCGCUCCAAGACAUGUCCUGGCCCGCCCUGACGUGCUUGGAGCUCAGUGGCAACAGCGCCCUCCAGAGUAUCAAAAACUUGAAGCUCACGAAUGCGAUCGACUACUUUGGGGCUGUGAACACCGCACUUGGCGACAUCUCGAUCGAUGGGACGACGUAUUUGGCUCUACGCCGCCUCGUACCGUCGCUCGUCAACUUUGUGCAGUCCGGCGUGGCGUCGUUCAAUGGCAACGUCGCCAGCGACUCGUGUGGCGCCAUCAACGACGCAGCACUCCAACCGCUCUGGUCGCUCGAGUCCAUGUACAAGUGGUCGGUGUGCGUUAUCCCGAUCAAGACACCGUCACCCUCCGACAUGCCUCCGAGCUCGCAACAGAGCCGAAACGAUUGGGUGGUUGUGGCGGUCGCCAUCACAGCCCUUCUCGCGCUCCUCGGCACAGGCUUUGUCCUCUACAUACGCCGACGCCGCUACGCCGAGGUCGAGACGUCCGACGGACUGGCCACCGAGCUUGAUGUGCUCGAACCGAUCCGGAUCUCCAUCCGCGACCUCAACUACGUCGAGAAACUCAACGAAGGCGCAUUUGGUGAGAUCUGGCGCGGUUCGCUUCGUGGCCGGGCCGUUGCCAUCAAGCGGCUCCUUCCGAAUCGCGGCAGCGUCGAAGACAUUCGCAGCUUCAUCGCCGAACUCGAGCUCAUGAACCGGUACGUUCCAGUGCCCGCAGAUCGUCGCUUUGCACGGUGUUGCGUGGACUCGACCUCGUGA